CAGCGCCCUGUUGCAGGGUCCCGAUCGUUACCCCCUGGGACCAGAAGGCGAAUUCCUGCGGGUCCCAGGAGUGCCAAAAGUGCUCAGCGAGACGGGAAAUUGCAACAGUGCUGGCCCCUCGGGGCCCCCCCUCCCCGAAGUAGCCUUCCCGUAACUCCCGCCCCUGGACUCCUGCCCCGCAGCUGAUUCAUAGCCGGGGCGCGGGGCCGCCUCCACACGCCGGGACCGACGUCCGCACCCGCGCCCCUGCCAGGCCGAAGAGCGGCCGGGCUCCGGAGCGGCUCGCCAGACGGACAGUCAGACCAAUGGCUUUCUCUGUGGUCCUUCAUCCAGUCUUCCUCUUGGCAGUGCUGCCCCUGAGAGCAUCCUUAACUGAAGUGUUGGGUGAGCCUUUCCAGUUGACGCCUGAGAUACUUAAUGUAUCUGUUCAAUCUAAACUUCAGCAAGUGAAUUUACAGUGGACUCUCCCCAACCUUACUCAUCAAGAAUUAAACAUGGUAUUUCAAAUAGAGAUCAGUAGAAUGAAACCAUCCAACAUCAUCUGGGUGGAGAAUUACAGCACCCCUGUGAAGUGGAACCAAGUUCUGCAUUGGAACUGGAAGUCUGAGAUCCCUUUGGAAUGUGUAGCACAUUUCAUCCGAAUAAGGGCAAUGGUAGAUGAUGCCAAGUACCCUCCGCAGCGUUCCUGGAGCAGCUGGACUUCCUGGGAAGAAGUUAGUGUACAAGUUUCAGUUGAACCUAAUACGUUGUUAAUAUUUCCUGAAGACAAACUGUUGGAAGAAGGCUCCAAUGUCACCAUGUGUUUGAUGUAUGGACAGUAUGUAUAUAAUAUAUCCUGUAAGUUGCAAGAAAAGCCAAUCCAUAGAGAACAACUUGAUUCCCAUGUAUCAUUAAUGAAGUUGAAUAACGUUGUUUUCCGUAACAUCAGAGGGACAAACGUCAAUUGUCAAGCCAUGAAUGCUACUAAAAAACUGCUUGGUACUGUUCUCUUUGUCUCAAAAAUACUCGAGGAGCCCAAGAAUUUUUCCUGUGAAACCCAAGACUUUAAGACUUUGAAAUGUUCGUGGGAACCCGGGGUAGACACUGCUUUGGCUUGGAAUCAACAAUAUUCUCAAACCUACAGUUUAUAUGAAUCGUUCUCUGGGAGACAUGAGCUUUCUGACCACAGAAACUCGCAUACCUGGCAAAUCACCGAAGAUUCACAGGAAACAUAUAACUUCACACUCACAGCCGAAAACAACCUAAGGAAAAGAAGUGUCAACCUAAUUUUUAAUCUGACCCAUAGAGUUCAUCAAAAGCCUCCCCGUGAUGUCACCCUUGAAACGCUAAGUGCUACAGAAGCCAACAUGACCUGGAAGGUGUACCCCCGUGGGGACAACUACACGCUCCUGUGUCAGCUUGAACUCCAGCACGAAAGAGAAGUGAUACAUGCACACAAUGUUUCUGUCCACGUGAGUGGGAACUACCUCUUCAGUGAUCUGGAGCCGGACACAGAGUACAAGACUCGUGUACGCUGUGCGGAUGCCAACCACUUCUGGAAAUGGAGUGACUGGGCUCAAAAGGAGUUCAGCACACCCGAGGCUGCUCCCUCACAGGCUCCUGAUGCGUGGAGACACGUUCGGUCAGAGAAUGGAAGUCAUGAUGUGACCUUAUUCUGGAAGCCACUAUUAAAAUCACAGGCCAAUGGCAAAAUCGUAUUCUAUAAUAUAGUUGUAGAAAAUCAAGACAGACCAACUGAGUCAAAGCUCUACCCUGUCCGGGCACCAGCCCUUGGCACACAACUGAGCCUUGACCUGAGUUCUUACAAGAUUCACAUCACGGCCAACAACAGCGUGGGUACGUCGCCUGAGUCAGUGAUGAUCCUUUCUAAUGAUUCUGGACACGAAGAGGUCCGUGAAAAAAGAAUUAAAGGUACAAAGGAUGGAUUCCAUAUUUCGUGGGAGCCCUCAUCUGGAGACACUUUAGGCUAUGUUGUGGACUGGUGUGCACAUUCCCGGGACCGACACUGUGACUUGCAGUGGAAGAAGCUAGGUCCCAAUACCACGAGCACCACCAUCACCUCAGAUGCUUUUAAACCAGGGGUCCGUUACAACUUCAGAAUUUUUGAAAGAUCUUUGCAACAGAAUGCCAAGCUAAUAGAGAAACAAACAGGAUACACACAGGAACUGGCUCCUCUGGAGAACCCGAAAGUGAGCGUUAGGAACUCCACCUCCAAUUCCUUCAUUCUGAGCUGGCUGGGUUACGCCAGCGACUUCCAGUCUGCUUUUAUAGAAGGCUACCAUGUGUACUUGAAAUCCAAGGACAUGCAGUGUCAUCCACAAGGGAGAAGGACGAAUCUUCCAGAUAAGUCAGUGCUCUGUGAAUAUGACAUCGAAGACCCCGAGCAAAAGACAUUCACGGUGGAAAACCUUCGGCCAGAAUCCAUCUAUGAAUAUUUGGUUGUUCCAUACACCAGUGCUGGCCUGGGUCCCAAUGAAACAUUCGCACAGGUCACGACUCCGGAUGAGAACUCCCACAGGCUGCUGCAGAUCAUAUUACCCAUGACUCUCUGCGUCCUGCUCAUCAUCAUUGCGUGCUACUGGAAAAGCCAGUGGGUGAAGGAGAAGUGCUACCCUGACAUCCCGAAUCCAUACAAGAGCAGCAUCCUGUCACUGAUAAAAUCCAAGAAGAACCCCCACUUAAUAAUGCAUGUCAAAGACUGCAUUCCAGACGUCCUUGAAGUCAUAAACAAGGUAGAAGGCCCCAAGACACAGCGCAUAGGCUCUGGGAAACCACACGCUGAAGACAUACCCAGUAAGCCUCUCUCUGUGCCAACAGAAAACAGUUCCUCUGGCCCCGUGCCCUGCGUCUUCUUUGAGAAUUUUACUUAUGAUCAGUCAGCUUUUGAGGCUGGUUCCCAUGGCCUCGUUCCAGGACCCCUGAAAGACACACCACUUCAACUUGGACUAUUGACCCCACCUGACAAGUUACUAAAUGUUCUAGGAAAAGACUACAUGAAGUCCCUGGCAGAAAGCCCGACGGAAGAAACUAGCUUGAUAUAUGUGUCUCAGUUGGCUUCACCCAUGUGUGGAGACAAGGACAAUCUUGCCACAAAUCCACCCCUGCCAGUGCACUGUUCGGAGUAUAAAAUGCAAAUGGCCGUUCCGGGGAGACUUGCCUCACCUGCUCUGAGUGAGAAUAACAACCCCACCUCAAGGACCCUUUCAGGUCAAGAUGAACAGUAAAGCUACCCAGCACCAACCCAGUUCAUACACUAUAGGCACUUUUGGGGAUGUGGCUGGUACCAUGCCAACACCACAUGCCCUGGCCCCUGACCCCAGGAGCAUCUGCUAUCUGCAGCACAAAUUUGGGCUGUAUCAUUGCAGGCUGACAGACUCAAGACCAGAGCUAUACAACUUGGCAUUUGCCCCGAAGGCUUCCUUAGAAAUGGCGCAUGCUGACCUUGUUAUUAUUUGUUCUGGGCUCAUCCUUAUCACAGUACCCCUGACCUUGACAUAGGACACUCAUCAGCGAUUUCACAGACCCUGUCUACUCAGGACCACACAAAGUGGCUGUGGUUCUUGGGUUUUGGUUUGCAGUAAGAAAAUAUCUUCAUGUCAACUUGACCUGAUGUCGAGUAUUUCCAGGGUAAAGCAGUUGGAUCAAAUGUUUCGAUUAAUGCCACAAGAGAAGAUUUAUUACUUUUAUUGUGUAGGCUCAUCACAUUUAAUGGAAAGGUUACAAGCUAGAUAUUGGCCUUACGUUGGAAUAAGAAUUUGUAGUCACUGAUAAAGCAAAAGUACCACUGUUGGUGCCUACACCGACCUAACAGGUAGGGCGUACAAAUGGGACAGGAAGAGGCUACACAGGUCUCCUGCUGUGACUCUUACUAUAAUAAAACAGGGUUGCAAAGAGCUCCAGACUCGGCGUCCAAUGGCCAGCAGCCUGUUCCGUGGACUCCAGUCUUCCUCCUUAAUUUUUGACUACCUCGGAACAGAAAAAGACAUUUCAUUGAGUGAUUCCUUUCACAUUUUAUGCCUCCAUCCCAAAGUUGUAUCUACAUGACCUAUUUCCACACAUUGUCUGUUUCAAGAGAAUUCUGUCUCACUUAACAUUCCUGUCUAAAGUCUCAGUGUUGGGUAUAAUUUAGCUCUAACUUUAAAAUGUCCCAUGGACUUUGAAGUUAGUUCAGCGUUGGCCCCAAAGCAUGUCCUUUGAGACAAUGUACUUGGUUCUAACUGUGGGCCCCACGUCAGGAUCCAACCAACUCCAGGAAGAAUGUCUACAAAACUCACCAAUUUUUAUUUGUUAUUCCUUAAAUACAGUAUUAGAAAUUUCCAUAGCACUUACACACAUAUGGUAUUAGGACACGGCACACACGAAUACCCACUAUACACAAAUAUUUUUAGGUAAGGCCUGAACACCCACAGAUCUUGGUAGCACCGUAGCUCCUGUAAACCAUGUCUGGAAGGAGCUAUAUGAAAUAUCCAGACACACAAAGGUGUUCAAUACCUUAGUUUCUUCUUCUUGAAACGUCACAUUGUAAAAUAAAAGAGAGAUUCCUUUCGUCUUGCUUGCUGUGAAUACGGUGGGAAGGACAACUUUGUGCACACGCAUGGCUAUACCAUGUACUAUAGCCAUAUCCAUAUGGCAUGUGGUCUCAGAACAUAGUAACACCAAUCAUGAAUGUUCUGCUAAAGUGGUCCAAUCUUUUCUUUACAUAUAUCCAAGCCUUUUGAUAGAGAAAAUGGUUCUGACCUAACCUGGUACCAGGCGGUAUCUUGAAUAGCCUACUUGGGACGACGAUUUUGGUCAGUCCUGCCGAAACUCUGUCUAUGAUUUUCUGUCAAUGUAUUCCCUGCUGGACAUUUGUACCCAGAAAUGUUAAUGACAUUUAUUUCUAAAUGUUUUCCUUCAUUUUUGAUUUUAUUUAAAAAAGAAUCCAUAAAACAUUAAAGUUAUUUUUUCUGUUUCGAUAAGGGCAAAUGAACACAUUUCACAAUCACAUUGUUUUAAUUCCCUCAACAGAAUGAAACCUUAACAAUUAUUGUGUGGAGUCGAUAAAUAGCCUUACAAACUUAACAAGGAUGUAAACUUUUAGGUAUCCUUCAGCAUUGGGUCUUCAGCAUUGAUUUGGAAUCCACACAUUUCAACAGUUCCUGGAUAGAUUCACACACUUUAAGGCACCUCCCUUUCCUUGCAUGGUCCCCAUCCUACAUUCCUGUUACAGACCCUACUGCAACAGCAACAGAACUAAAUAUGGACAUUGAGAGGAAAGGUGAUAUUUUGCUGAGUCUGUCUUAUUUCAUGUACCACAAUGCUCUCCAUUCCCAUCCAUUUUCCUUUAAAUGUCUUAUUCUCUUUAGAGUUGAAUAAAUUCCAUAGUGAACACGUCCCAUUUUCUUUAUCCAUCUUUUGAUGGCUCUCUAGGCUAGUUCCCUAUCUUAGCUAUUGAGAACAGAGCAGCAAUAAACAUGGAUACGCCGAUACUGUGCUGUAGGAAGAUAAAGCCUACAAGGUCUAGAGAUGAACAAGCCAGCCUGGUGGACCUAGCAACAGGUGCCAUCAGUGGUCCUGAUUGUGCCUAGCCAAUGAGGGGUGACCAUACAAUGGCAAUGGAUCUGAACACAGCCGGGGUGCUGGGAAAAGGAUAAGGCUCUCCCUGUUGCUGAAUAAAUGAGUCUGCUGUUUGUCUUUCACCUGA